AUGAUGAAGAGUGCGAGAUCUCCGUUCAAGAAGAAGUCCCAUAGUAGGGACAAUUCAGUCGAAGACAGGGGUUUUUUCCACAGAAGAUCGACAUCGGGAUCUAACAUUCCAAGCGCACAGCAUUCGAGACAAGCCAGUAAUGGUGGUUUGAAUAUGGGCCCACCUGUCUCAGGUAACAAUGCAACUGCUCACAAGAGGACUGUGUCUAAUUCAUCGAGAUCGUCUCAGAGCUCCAAUUUUCUAGCGGAACAGUAUGAAAGGGACAGAAGGGGGAUUCUGGCGUCAUGUUUCUCGAACGAUGGUAAGUCUUCAGGACCACCAAACAGUUAUAUUACACAUGUGAGGAUCAUCGAGGAUGCACGUUAUCCGUCGUCACGUCCUGCAUUGGAUUCGAAAUUGGAGAAUAAGAAGAAACGUGUUCUGAUAUUGAGUUCUAAAGCUAACAAUCCGAAGGCGGUACAAUUACAUAAAGGACGUGAAAAUGCAGAUGGUAGGUUUCAAGUUGGUAGAACUUGGAGUUUAAAGGAAUUGCUUGCGAUUGAAAGAGAUGUAGAGGUUAAUGAAGGGUUUAUGUUGACUAUGUCCAAAAAAUAUUACUGGGAGACCAACUCCGCCAAGGAAAGAGUGGUUUUCAUUAAAUCAUUGGUGAAUACUUAUAUGCAAGCAUUUGAUGGACAUGUUCCUGAAUUAGUCAACUGGGAUUUAUCUAUGUUCUAUUUGGAUGAAAGGGCUUAUCAAAGAGCAGUGAUUCGUAAUAGAAAUGCUAGACCUACAGUGACACCUCCAGUUGGAUCUGUCAGUGGCAGUAGUAGUGGCACCGGAAGUCCAGGUGCUCCUCUAAGUAACCUAAACACAAGAAUUGCAAAUCCAGAUCCGGCUGUUCCGUCGCCGAGGUCACCGACAAGAGCAUUUGGCGGGUCGUCUUCUUUUAAUGAUCAUUUCGCUCAAAAUAAACAGGCGGCUCCCGUAAAACCAUCUCCCAACAUGUCUGGCUAUUCUAAUAGCCCUACUUUGAGCAAUGAAGGUAAUAAUUCGUAUGAUCAGCAUCAUGAACAAAAACAACAACAGCAGCAGCAGCAGCAACGUCAAGCAGUGGCUCAGCAGAAGAUGUGGCAACAGGAGCAAGAUCAACAACAACAGCAGGCACAUCAAGCUCAUCUGGCAUGGAAAUCGCAUCAGGCUCAAAAGGAUCAACAAGUCCGUAAGGAACAAGUGUUACGUCAGCAGGAACAAAUGCGUCAGCAGGAAUUGGCGCGUCAGCAGGAAUUAGCACGUAAAGAGGAACAACAGCGCCAACAUAUGGCAAGACAAGCGCAAUUCGAAAGAGAAGCGCUGCAAGCUCAAGAAGCUACGGUAGAAUCUGACCCUUUUUAUCCAUACCCCGUGGCUCAUGGCAACCGCGAUUUCUUACCAGGUACGUCUCCAAGAGAGCUGUCAAACAAGAGUUCAUUUGCUGGUUUGAAUUCCGCUCACAAUUCACCAAAUAUGGCGGGAAGUCCCUCUUUGAACUCUCCUCAACAGUUCCCAGCUAAACAGCCACAAAUCGCUACAUCUGAGAUACCACAGAUAAAGCAGAACCCCGUUAAACAGGGCUCGCCUGUUUCCAUGGGGUCAGCUGGUGAGAUGGGCGAUGUACCACGGAAGGGUAGCGCUUCUCAAAAUAAACAAGACAAUCUCUUGGAAGAUUUGAAUAAUGUGCUCGCUGGUCCUUCUAGCGCUCAUGCACUUCCAGAUGCACAUUCCAGUGUUUCGCAAGAUAGAUCUGAAGAAUUGUACAACGGCGUUCCUUCGGGGAAGGGAGUCUCGUCAAUGGACAUACCUUCAUUAUCAAUCCCACAAACAGAACCUCUCAAUACAAAAUCUACACCAACAUCAGAAAUGGUUGACGCUGAUGAUAUGGCAGGCGAUUUGAAUGCCUCUUCCAUGGAUGCUCAACAGGAUAAUAGCAAUGAUUUAUCAUUUGAGAGAGGUGACGAAGCUUCUUUUAGUACCAAUUUGGCACCUAAUCCACCACAUGUUUAUCAUGAAGUCUCCACCAUUCAAGAAGAGGCCCCCCCUGUUGACGGUCAAAAGAAGUCUGUCAUAGCCCCGGGCGCCAUUGACGAAAGUUCAGAAGAUCAAAAGAGAGAUAUGAAAAAGGAUGCAGCAUAUAUUGAGGAUGAAGAGUUAUUGGGAAUUUUAACUGAUAUAAACUGGGAAAUGGGAGAUGCAGCUGACGAUUUGAUUGAGAAAUUGACUAUCAAAAUGGCGGAGACUGCAUACACUUUGAACAAUGGGUUAUUGUCUCUGGAGGAUGUAGGACCUAGUCUAUUGCCUUAUGAAAAGCAAGUGGAUGAAGUCUGUGAUAAGAUGAAUCCAGUAUUUUCUCUAUUCCUGAUGGAAAUGGGUAAUGUGGCAGAAGAUAUUGAAUAUAUUGAAGGCCAAAAGAACGGAUUACAAAUUGAAAGUGCCAAUAAAAAGAACUUGUGGAGUACUUUGACAGAAUUGAUGAACACCGUUUCCUUGGACGAUGCAACCUUAAACGAAUUGUUGAACUCUCCAGUUAGUGAAAAGACUUUAUUGAGAAUGGAAUCACAAUUGAAAUCUUUGUUUAGAGCACUGAAAGCCAUCAGCGGUGAAAGUGAGGAAGAAAACUACGAUCUGGGUAACAUGCAAGCAUUGAAAGAAAGACGCGAGACCUAUGAAAGAGUCACUGAAGUAUUUUUGAAAAGAUUGGUUGACGCCUUCAGUGGAAUGUUUGUUAACAUUUAUAAAGAUAAUACCACAGAAGAUUAUUUGACCAGUUUCCUAAAUCGAUUGUUGGUUUUUUCAUCUUUGACAUUGUUCUGUAAAGAUGUGGACCGAGAAUCUUACAAUAUCAUUUUGGAUAAGUGGAUCACUAGUAUUCAAGUAGUGUACAACCAUAUUUGCGAAAAGAUGAUAUCAAACUUAAGAAAGUAUAAAUUGGAUAAAAGAGAACAACCAGCAGUCGCUAAUGAAAAUGCUCUAGGAAAUCUCUUGAUCCAAUGGGAAAGUUAUAAGAAGACAAGAACUCUUCCAGAAGUUGUUCCCUCUUCUGCUAAAUCGGUGGCACAUUUAAAAAGUUCACUGGAAUCUUUAGGUAAGCUCUGUGUCUGCUACCAAAACUUUAUCGACUCUUUCUUCCAUGUCUCUUCUAGUUUGGAUUUCGAAGCGUACUUGGAGCAAUAUGGUGAUCCUACUACAAGAAUUGUACCUUUGUACUCGGUGAAACCUAUGCAAUCCGAUAGAGAAUCUGCAUUAAAAGAAGCAAACUUGGUUUCUCGUAUCUUUAGACCCAAUAUCACAAAGAUGAAUUCUUAUUUCACUACUAUUCUGAGGGCUGAUUGUUCGAGAGCUCCCGCCAUAAUGCUUUUCCUCGAGGAAAAGAUUAAAAGUCUGGAAUCCUCUAAUCAAGAAUUUUUGCUUACUGCUAUGUCUCAGAUGCUAGACCAGGUGAAGCAGCUUUGGUCCGAAUACAUCGAAGAUGAAGUGGUCCAUUUAGAAAGAGCUGUGAUUAAUAUGUCUUCAAGAAGUCUGUCGCCAUCUGUUCUUGGAUUUGUGCUAUUUGUGAAAAAUUCGAAUGAUUAUAUCUCGUACGCACAGUCCCAAUCAGAGCUAAAAAGCAUUCAAUCUCUUGAAGCUAUCAAGAUUUUUGAAAGUGAUUCUGGUAAACUUGGUAACGCAAUCAUUAAACUUUUGAGCAGAAAGGAUGGUGGUGCUAGUAUGCUUGCAGGAGUGAGAGGCGCGGCUGCUGAAGCUUCUAGUACUGAUAGAAUUGUUACCCUUUUACUGAACUGCUAUUGGCUAAUAGAAGUUUUGUCUAUGCUCAACGUACGCGGAUCCUUCGACUCAACAAUUCAAUCGGCCAAAAAGAUUUUUGACUCUGAGAAAGAAGUCUAUGCAGCUUUCCUGCUGCGUGAUGCAAUGCCUAAAUUGACCUCAUUUGUCCAUGGUGCAUCCAGUCUUGUCGGUACUUCAUCUCAAGGUGGAGAUUCUAACUUGGUUAAAUCGGCAGCUUAUAGUAGACAAAACCUGGAUAAUAUCCUAGCGGGAUAUACCUCUUCGGAGGUUGAUGUUUUAGUGAAAAGACUUUACCAACAGAUGAUUCGCCAUUUAUCACAUGAAUCUAACGAUCUCAUGAAGGGAACUCUAGGCGACAGGUUGUGGUCUAGCAUCCAGGGACAAACCGUAUCCCUCUAUUUGAAACUAUACACUUUGAUUGAGAAACAUUACAAGGGAGCGCUUGUCAGAUUUACAAAAAAUGAUAUCAUCACUGCCUUUGAGAGGUAUAAGGAGUAA